AUGGCCGCCCCCUCGAACACCCUCGGCUCCGGCCCCAACACCACGAACACCCCCGGCACUGGCCCCACUGUCCUCGAGCAGACCAAAAGCCUCGUCGCUCAGACCGUCGAGCAGGUCUCUGCUCUCGCCAGCCAGGCUGCCAACUCGCAGACCACCGCCGACUUGACCGCUCAGGCCAAGUCUAUUGGUAACCAGGCCGUCGCCGUCGCUGCCUCGGCCGCGUCCACCGCCGGUGCCACUGCUUCCAGCCUCGCUGGACAGGCACACGCCCAGGCUCACGCCGCCGCGCCUAGCAUCGUCCCUGCGCCCGCUGCCGGUGGUGUCUCGACCUCGGUCGGUGGUGUCGACAAGAGCGGAGACCUUCACCCGGCCAGCUCGGCCGACCAGCACAAGCUCGAGCAGGAACUCGCCCAGCGCCCGUCUCCCUCAGAACUGGUCAACAAGGGUAUCCUUAACGCUGACGAGGCCCCGCCCACCAAGUAA